CCCGCCGCAUGGCGCUCCGCGGCUUCUGCAGCGCCGACGGCUCCGACCCCUUCUGGGAGUGGGAUGUCUCGUGGAACACCAGCAACCCCGACUUCACCAAGUGCUUUCAGAACACGGUCCUCGUGUGGGUGCCUUGUUGUUACCUCUGGCUCUGCUUCCCCUUCUACUUCCUCUAUCUCUCGCGCCAUGACCGAGGCUACAUUCAGAUGACAUAUCUCAAUAAAACCAAAACUGCCUUGGGAUUUGUGCUAUGGAUCGUCUGCUGGGCAGACCUCUUCUACUCUUUCUGGGAAAGAAGUUGGGGCAAAAUCCUGGCCCCGGUGUUUCUGGUCAGCCCAACCCUCUUGGGCAUCACUAUGCUGCUUGCUACCUUUUUAAUUCAGCUCGAGAGAAGGAAGGGAGUCCAGUCCUCGGGGAUCAUGCUCACUUUCUGGCUUAUAGCCCUACUGUGUGCCCUUGCCAUCUUGAGAUCCAAAAUCAUGACUGCCUUAAAAGAGGAUGCUGAAAUCGACGUGUUUCGUGAUGUCACUUUCUACAUUUACUUUUCCCUCGUGCUGAUUCAGCUCGUGUUGUCCUGCUUCUCAGACCGACCGCCCCUGUUCUCUGAAACCAUCCAUGACCUCAAUCCCUGCCCGGAGUCCAGUGCCUCUUUCCUUUCCAGAGUCACCUUCUGGUGGAUCACAGGGUUGAUGGUCCGAGGCUACCGCCAGCCCCUGGAAAGCACUGACCUUUGGUCCCUGAAUAAAGAGGACACGUCAGAACAAGUGGUGCCUGUUCUGGUAAAGAACUGGAAGAAGGAGUGUGCCAAAUCCAAAAGACAGCAGAGGAAGAUCACAUACUCCUCCAAGGAUCCUGCCAAGCCAAAAGGGGGCUCCCAGGUGGACGUGAACGAGGAGGCUGAGGUGUUGAUUGUUAAGACCCCACAGAAGGAGCGCGAGCCGUCUCUAUUCAAGGUGUUAUACAAGACCUUCGGGCCCUACUUCCUCAUGAGCUUCUUAUUCAAGGCCCUCCAUGACCUGAUGAUGUUUGCUGGCCCAGAGAUCUUAAAGUUGCUCAUCAACUUCGUGAACGACAAGAAGGCCCCGGACUGGCAGGGCUACCUGUACACUGCGCUGCUCUUCAUCUGCGCCUGCCUGCAGACCCUCGUGCUGCACCAGUACUUCCACAUCUGCUUCGUCAGCGGCAUGAGGAUCAAGACAGCCGUCAUCGGGGCCGUGUACCGGAAGGCAUUGGUGAUCACCAACUCAGCCAGAAAAUCCUCCACCGUCGGGGAGAUUGUAAACCUCAUGUCUGUGGACGCCCAGCGGUUCAUGGACCUGGCCACGUACAUUAACAUGAUCUGGUCAGCUCCUCUGCAAGUCAUCCUUGCUCUCUACCUCCUGUGGCUGAACCUGGGCCCGUCUGUCCUGGCUGGGGUGGCUGUGAUGAUCCUCAUGGUUCCGCUCAAUGCCGUGAUGGCCAUGAAGACUAAGACCUACCAGGUGGCGCACAUGAAGAGCAAAGACAACCGGAUCAAGCUGAUGAAUGAGAUUCUCAACGGGAUCAAAGUGCUAAAGCUGUACGCCUGGGAACUGGCCUUCAAAGACAAAGUCCUGGCCAUCAGGCAGGAGGAGCUCAAGGUGCUGAAGAAAUCGGCCUACCUGGCCGCCGUGGGGACCCUCACCUGGGUCUGCACGCCAUUUCUGGUGGCCUUGUCUACAUUUGCUGUCUACGUGACCGUCGACAAGAACAACAUCCUCGACGCCCAGAAAGCUUUCGUGUCCUUGGCCUUGUUCAACAUCCUCCGGUUCCCUCUGAAUAUUCUCCCCAUGGUCAUCAGCAGCAUCGUGCAGGCAAGUGUCUCCCUCAAACGCCUCCGGAUCUUCCUGUCUCACGAGGAGCUAGAGCCUGACAGCAUUGAGCGAAGGCCCGUCAAAGACGGCGGGGGCGCCAACAGCAUCACUGUGAAGAAUGCCACGUUCACGUGGGCCCGGAGCGACCCUCCAACGCUAAGCGGCAUCACCUUCUCCAUUCCGGAAGGUUCCUUGGUGGCCGUGGUGGGCCAGGUGGGCUGCGGAAAGUCGUCUCUGCUCUCGGCACUCCUGGCGGAGAUGGACAAGGUGGAGGGGCAUGUGGCUAUCAAGGGCUCAGUGGCCUACGUCCCCCAGCAGGCCUGGAUUCAGAAUGAUUCUCUCCGAGAAAACAUCCUUUUUGGACGCCAGCUACAGGAACGGUAUUAUAAGGCUGUGAUUGAAGCCUGUGCCCUCCUCCCAGAUCUGGAAAUCCUGCCCAGCGGGGACCGGACAGAGAUUGGUGAGAAGGGCGUGAACCUGUCUGGGGGCCAGAAGCAGCGAGUGAGCCUGGCGCGGGCCGUGUACUGUGACUCUGACAUCUACCUCUUCGAUGAUCCCCUGUCAGCAGUGGAUGCUCAUGUGGGAAAACACAUAUUUGAAAAUGUGAUUGGCCCCAAGGGGAUGCUAAAGAAUAAGACGCGGCUCCUGGUCACGCACAGCAUCAGUUACCUGCCCCAGGUGGAUGUCAUCAUUGUCAUGACCGGUGGCAAGAUCUCGGAGAUGGGCUCCUACCAGGAGCUGCUGGCCCGGGAUGGAGCCUUCGCCGAAUUCCUUCGCACGUACGCCAGCGGCGAUCAGGAGCAGGCCGAGCAGGAUGACGGGUUAACAGGUGUCAGCAGUCCCGGGAAGGAGGUGAAGCAGAUGGAGAAUGGCAUGCUGGUGACGGAUGUGGCGGGGAAGCAGCUGCAGAGACAGCUCAGCAACUCCUCCUCCUACAGCGGGGACGUGAGCCGCCACCACACCAGCACGGCUGAGCUGCAGAAAGCCGGUCCCAAGAAUGAGGACGCCUGGAAGCUGGUGGAAGCAGACAAGGCUCAAACGGGGCAGGUCAAGCUGUCCGUGUACUGGGACUACAUGAAGGCGAUCGGGCUUUUCAUCUCCUUUCUGAGCAUCUUCCUUUUCCUGUGUAACCACGUUGCCUCCCUGGUCUCGAACUACUGGCUCAGCCUCUGGACCGACGACCCCAUCGUCAACGGGACCCAGGAGCAUACUAAAAUCCGGCUGAGCGUCUAUGGAGCCCUGGGCAUUUCGCAAGGUAUCACGGUGUUCGGCUACUCCAUGGCGGUGUCCAUCGGGGGGAUCUUCGCUUCCCGCCGCCUGCACGUUGACCUGCUACAGAACGUCCUCCGGUCCCCCAUGAGCUUCUUCGAGCGGACCCCCAGUGGGAACCUGGUGAACCGCUUCUCUAAGGAGCUGGACACGGUGGACUCGAUGAUCCCACAAGUCAUCAAGAUGUUCAUGGGCUCCCUGUUCAAUGUCAUCGGCGCCUGCAUCAUCAUCCUGCUGGCCACUCCCAUCGCCUCCAUCAUCAUCCCACCACUAGGCCUCAUCUAUUUCUUUGUGCAGAGGUUUUACGUGGCCUCCUCCCGGCAGCUGAAGCGCCUCGAGUCGGUCAGCCGCUCCCCGGUGUACUCCCACUUCAAUGAGACCUUGCUGGGGGUCAGCGUCAUCCGUGCCUUCGAGGAGCAGGAGCGCUUCAUCCGCCAGAGUGACCUGAAGGUGGACGAGAACCAGAAGGCCUAUUACCCCAGCAUCGUGGCCAACAGGUGGCUGGCCGUGCGGCUGGAGUGUGUAGGCAACUGCAUCGUCCUGUUCGCUGCCCUGUUCUCCGUGAUCUCCAGGCACAGUCUCAGCGCUGGCUUGGUGGGCCUGUCCGUGUCCUACUCCCUGCAGGUCACCACGUACUUGAACUGGCUGGUUCGCAUGUCAUCCGAGAUGGAGACCAACAUCGUGGCCGUGGAGAGGCUGAAGGAGUAUUCAGAAACGGAGAAAGAGGCUCCCUGGCAAAUCCAGGAGAUGGCUCCGCCCAGCACCUGGCCUCAGGUGGGCCGAGUGGAAUUCCGGGACUACGGCCUCCGCUACCGAGAAAACCUGGACUUGGUUCUCAAGCACAUCAACAUCACCAUCAACGGAGGGGAAAAGGUGGGCAUCGUGGGGCGGACGGGAGCUGGGAAGUCGUCCCUGACCCUGGGCUUGUUUCGGAUCAAUGAGUCUGCCGAGGGGGAGAUCAUUAUCGACGAUAUCAAUAUUGCCAAGAUCGGCCUGCAUGACCUGCGCGUCAAGAUCACCAUCAUCCCGCAGGACCCUGUUUUGUUCUCGGGUUCGCUCCGCAUGAACCUGGACCCAUUCAGCCAGUACUCAGACGAAGAAGUCUGGACGUCCCUGGAGCUGGCUCACCUGAAGGACUUCGUGUCAGGCCUUCCCGAUAAGCUGAACCAAGAGUGUGCAGAGGGCGGGGAGAACCUGAGCGUCGGGCAGCGCCAGCUCGUGUGCCUGGCCCGGGCUCUGCUGAGGAAAACCAAGAUCCUCGUGUUGGACGAGGCCACGGCGGCCGUAGACCUAGAAACCGAUGACCUCAUUCAGUCUACCAUCCGGACGCAGUUUGACGACUGCACCGUCCUCACCAUCGCGCACCGCCUCAACACCAUCAUGGACUACACAAGGGUGAUCGUCCUGGACAAGGGAGAGAUCCGAGAGUGCGGCCAGCCCUCCGACCUCCUACAGCAGAGAGGUCUCUUCUACAGCAUGGCCAAAGAUGCUGGCCUGGUGUGAGCCCUGGAGCUGGUGCGUCCCGUCAG